AUGUCUCCCUCGACUCAACGACGUCGACCUCCAAACCUCAACCUCAGCAGCAGCAACAUCAACAACAACAAGUCCAAAACAGCGACGACAACCUCGAAACCACCACCGCUCCCCGUCCUCAAGCCGCGCGACCCCAUCCCGCAAACGCCACCGAAUCGAAGAACGGCGACUAGCGAGACCAGGGCCAGCCCGUCGGCGGUGAGCCGACCCGUAAAGGCACAAACACAAGCACCAACGCAAGCACCAGUUCCAACACAAGCACAAGCAGCACAACCCUCGUCAUCCCACGCACAGCAGCAUGCAGACUACCGCGACCACGCUCUAGUGCCCUCCACUACCCCCGUCCACCGCACCUCGUCCUCCUCCUUCUCCUCCUCCGCCCCCGUCCCUGCCGAUCUCGAUGUCGAAUUCGUCGACAUGUCUAAUAAGGAGAACGAGUUCGUGCUGAGAGAUUCUCACGACCUCUCCAUGCCGCCCUCUCAGUCCACCCGUGACUCGCUGAUGGCGAGCAUGCUCUUGUCCCUCGAUCAGCUCACCUUACUCGGACAAGCCAAUUCGACCCACAUGAACAUUUACGACGAGUCGUCCAGGGGAUAUUCGUCAUCGUACGGUGCCGGUGUCUCCUCCCUCUCGGACGACCGGACCUGGACGAGAACAUCGAGGACUUCGAGGCCGAAUACCAGUUCACGAUUCGGCCCCGGCCCUUCCCAUGGUCAUUCCUACAGUUCCGAUCUGGAAGCUGGCGACGAUGCUGCCAAAAUUAAUCGAUCUCGCCGUAGCAACAGUAAUUCGACUUACCAAACAUCUGGUCCGACCCGAAUGAAUAGCUUGAGGGAAUCGCUCAAGAGCAGUCAGCCCAGCACUCCCCGUCGGUUACACACUCGAGGCGGAGGCAAGAACAGCAAAAGCAGCAGCACGAAUAGUAUCGAUGCCGGCUACGUCCAAGUUCUCGGCAGCCAACGCUGGGCGUCAGGGUUCGGUGGGAGAUCAUCGAGCUUCGACUACGGCCACCAGCGUGUGGAGAAUACUCAAUCCACGUGGCACUCCGACUUCACGCAUACAUUCCUGAAUGAUGACUACGACGCCGCACCGACCCCAACCGUCCCUGGGGGACCUCGACGAACUGCACCCCCUACUCCCGUCACCGCCACCUUCAUGACCUCGGAGCCCAUGCCCAUCCCUAUGUCGACCAGGCCCAUGGCCGAGCCGAAGACGCCGACGCUCGAGAGGAAACGCAGCACGAGGUCUGCACGAAGCAUGACGGGUCCCGCGAGAAAGGGCGAGUCCAAGUUCGGUGCCAGUCGAGAGGCCAUCCCUCCAAUCCCAACUUUCGCCGACCUUGACCUCGACUCCGCGCCGGCACCUCACGUCGGGUACGAAAAGACAAAGGAGGCCCUCCCUGCGGGAACCUCCGCCGCUCCUCCCUACGUUACGACUCCUCAACCCAAGGAGAAACAGGGUUUCUUUAGGAGAGUGUUUGGUGGUUCGUCUAGGAAUACCACUCCCACUGCCACAGCUAUUGCUACCGCCAGUGCCGCCCACGAUUUGUCACAUUCCCCGAGUCAAUUUUCGUCGUCGACAAACGGGGGAAAUGCCGAUCGAAGCGGCCAACCGCAAAUUGCGUCGCAGACGCGGACCAAUUCGACCCCAUCUCGAGAGAAUAACAAUAAUACCAACGCUUCAUCAUCUUCAUCCCAUUCCCCUCACGUUUUGCAGAAAAAACCCUCGUCCUUCUUUCGCCGGCGGAAGAAAUCGGUGCACGAUCAAGAGGCGCCGCCCCUUCCCAGGUCUCAGGACGCCCCACCACUCCCCACCAACAAACCGCUGGUGCCGCCCAUUAGCCUCCAGCCUAACCUAGAUAAACUUUCGCCCGGCCCUGAGCCUAGCCCCGUCAGUUCACUGAGAAAGGUGAUGAGCCCCUAUCUCAGGGGUAGUCCAACAGUGGCCGUCGCACCCCUCCAGUCACUGGAGCAGCAGCAGCAGAAGUCGUCCUCGCCGCUAGCGGAACCGACAAAGUCUCACUUCGUCGAAGACAUUGAGGGGUACAAACGCGACUUUUCUCCCGACUACGAACCUAGCCCCAGGGCCGUGAUUCGCGCCGUCGACCCUGCCUCCGCAUCUCCUGACGUUGGCUCCGCGUCGUCGCCCCGUCCUGACAUCACGCCUGAUCAUCCACCUCCCGAGGUCCCCCUGUCGUCCGAGACGAGGAACAAUUCUUUCUUAAACCUCGACCCCCCUAGCGACAACGAGUUCGAUUUCCCGACGGCGCCAUCGAAUAGAGUCAAACCUCUUGGGAAACCGACCCGAUCGAGCACCGCCCCCGAAGUGGCAACGGACAGGGAAGACGAGACCGACGGAGGUAACGGCAGAGGGGUGGUACGAGGAGAGGACAACGACGGAAUGCUGGCGACGGAAAGCGGCCAUCUCGGGGCCCCUCAUCACCGAGAGAGCCGCGCAGAUGAUACCUUUAAACCUAUCCGGCGGCGUAUUCGCGCCGCUCUCGACGUCACCGAUUCUGAAGAGGAGCUCAACUCGGCGACGUUGGCCCUACCCAUCGAAGGUGCCCGGUCUGCCAGCGCACACUCGGACUCGGCGGCGUCCGGCUUCAAGUCAUCACCCAGUAACACCCCUAGCGUCCGCGUCGAAUUGACCCCCGACGAUUCUAGGCCUCGAAACGGUCAGACGACGAACCCCCUCGAUGGCAAGCCCAUCGACGAACCCGACUUUGUUGUCGGCGACCCGACAGACGACGACAAGCAAAAGGCGCAAAAGAUCUUUGACGGCAACGAAGAUUUUAUUCAGAAGGAUAAGGCGGCGGCCUGGAUGGGCGCUGAGGGCCUUGUUAGGCAGCGCACGCUGCGGGCGUACAUGGACCUGUACAAUUUCAGUGACCUUAGCAUCGUUGCUUCGCUCCGUCAGGUUUGUGGGCGCCUCGUCCUGCGGGCCGAGACGCAGCAGAUUGAUAGGAUUUUAUUGGCAUUUUCGACUCGAUGGGUUGAAUCUAACCCCAAUCAUGGCUUCAAAUCCAUCGAUGUCAUCCACACGAUUUGCUACUCCAUCAUGCUGCUCAACACGGAUCUCCACAUGGCCGAUAUCGAUUCUAAGAUGACGAGGAGUCAAUUCGUUAAGAACACGUUGACAACCAUUCGCCACGCCCUGGAUGAUUCUCCUGCAGACGUAUACGAUCGCCCCAGUAUCCUUCCCGGUAAGGCCGGGAUGCUCGCCGCCGAAGAUGUCCGCCCGUCCACGGAUCAACCGCCGUCCCACAACCGUCUCUCAUUCCUACCAGCCGGUCGCGCUGACACGAACGCAUCUGAUGCCUCUCCCGAUGACUGCGGGCCCCUUGUUAAGGCUCCUUUCGACGGCCCGAUGAGGGCUUGGGAGGGCCAAGUCGAGUCUGUGCUCAAGGACAUCUACGUCUCGAUCCGCGACGAACGGCUUCCGCUCUUCGGCGCCGAGCCCGACAGGUAUCACCCCGGCCCGGCGUCUCAGAGCAGCCUCUCCGUCAUGGGGAUGCUCAAGCGGUCGCCCAGCGUUCUCAGCAAGGCUCCCUCGGAGAGUCAGUCCUCCCUCCGCGGCAGGAUCGCCGAGAGCUCCCGGACGACGAAUUCCAGGUGGGGCUCAAAGAGUCGAUCGCGGCACCGACUCGGCGGGAACGGCUUCUCAUCUAGCCGCACGAGCUUUGACGAUGGUAACUCCAUCUGGAGCCCCGCCACGUCGUCUGCCACAUGGAGCCGCCAAUCACUCGGCCGUACCCAGACGUCCAUGUCGAUGGAUUCCUUCGGGUCAGCCUGGCCUCGCAACGAUUACCAGCAGUCGAUUGGUUUCGCCAACGCCUUGAGUCAGGCCAUAAUAAGGGAGGAUAUUCCAGGCGGCGGCGCGCCUUCGAUCAUGAGCAACGACGAAAAGAGCGGUGCACCCUUGCUCGAGGACGAGUCACUCGAGCUCGCCGGUCCCCCCUGGGUCAAGGAAGGCAUCGUCACCCACAAACACCACCUCGACGGAAUCGACAGGAAGGCGAAGGACAGGAACUGGACCGAGGUGUUCGCCGUCGUGCAGAAGGGCACCCUCAGCCUCUUCUCGUUCUCGCCGAACAAGUCGCUGCGCAACAAGGCCCGCUCGGCCCGCCACCACAACAAGGCGGCCGGCGGCGGUGGCGGCGUGCCGAUCCAGGUCGGCGGGGGCAACUGGCAGGAGAACGCCACAAGCCUGGGCACCUUCAGCUUAAGGCAGACGCUGGCGUCGGCGCUCCCGCCGCCAGGGUACUCUAGGAGUAGACCCCACGUGUGGGCCCUGAGCUUGCCGACGGGGGCGGUGCACCUGUUCCAGGUUGGCACGCCGGAGAUUAUUAAGGAAUUCGUUACGACGGCGAAUUAUUGGAGUGCGAGGCUGAGCACGCAUCCGCUUGUUGGUGGUAUCAGCAAUAUUGAGUAUGGGUGGAGCGAGGCCAUCGUGAACAACUCGCUCGUCAGUGCCAUUAACGACACGACGACAGCAGCGACGGCAAACUCGGUGCCACCAGCGGUGGUGGUAGGAACGGGCCGCACCUCGCGACCCGGCAGCAGCGCCACGGGCGGCACCAGCCACGCCCACCACGCGCGAAAAUCCAGCGUCCAAAGCGGCCGCAGCUUCCGAUCCGGCAGCUUUGACCUGGGCGUCGGCAGCGGCCCGGGAAGCGGGCCCCGGCACAAGCUCCCCGGCGACAGGAUCCACAUCGCCGAGUGGAUGCCCCCGACGCAGAGCAUGCGGCCCAGCAUGCAGGGCGAAGAGGAGCAGCUGCGCACGCUGGAGGCGUACGUGCGGUCGAUCGAGGAGGAGCUGCAGCAGCACAACCAGCUGCGCAGCCCCAUGCUGCUGGCUUUCUCACCUAGGGGUCACAACGCGACCAAGGCAAUGGCGAACUGGGAGCGCAAGAGCGCAUAUUUGUUGAGGGAGAUUGUGAAGUACAGGACUUAUGUGGAUUGUUUGCAGCAGGCGGAGGGGAGGAAGAAGGAGAUUUAUGGGGAGAGAGAGGCGGUUGAUGUCGGAGGGGAGUGA